UACUAUACUAAAAGCUAAAUAAACUUCAUAGAUAGAGUGUCCACGUCACUCUUUUAAUUCCAACCAAUGGGAGCUCAGCAUACAUCCACGUCACAACUUAUCUGCCUCUGAUGGGCUUGAACCGAACUCGGUCUCUGGGCUUCGAAACCGUGGUGUGGCUGCCAGCCCGUAAGCCCAAAGUAAUGCUCACAUCACUUUCCUUGCGUAAACCCUAAGGGCCGAAUGGGAUUGUCGAGACCGCUCCUGUUCAUCUUCCUCUUCCUUCUGUUUGCGAUGCAGACUUCCGUGUAAUCAAUUUUCCCCCACGUCUUCGCACUCUUCAAUCCCCCAUUAACCCCAUUAAUGGGGUCCGUUGGCUUCCUCUUCGGGUCUUCUAUAAAACCUGCACUUCACGACAAUGGAUUUACAUCCAAACUUCAUUUUCCUCUCUCCAAUCUCAAUCGCUCCUUUUCCUCUCUCCAAUCUCAAUCGCGAUGAAGAUUACCGGUUCAAGCGACCCUGUGAACUCGAAAUGCGAAGCGGCGGCCCUCUCUGCUCCGGUCAAAACCGGUGACCAAUCCGGCGUCGUCCCCUCGGUGAAGCAAGCGAUCUCGGCGGUUGUCUCCGCCGGUCCGGUAAACCCAGCCGUCAACUCCGGUGGCGGUUCCGGCGAUGUGAAUUCGGUGAAGCCAAACAAAGGUGCGCCGGUCUCUUCCAGUCCAGGCAAACAGGUCGUGAAGACCGGAGCUUCUUCGGGUGUAAGAAUCGGCGUGAGGCACAAAACAUCUGUCUCCGUCGGUGAUAAGACUGGUUGAGUUCUAACCAAGAGAUUUCUAAGCGGGUUAAUGCAGAUGAUGUUACAAAGGCUGAGACAAUUACAAUUGGGCAAAUAUUUUACAACAUCAAGCAUGAAUAUGCUUUAGAUAACUCUGUAAAAUCCAUGUCUAUGUAAGUCACUAGCUUUUAAACUAUUGCAGGAAGCUUCUUUUGAGUACAUAGUCACAAUUUGUUAUGUUGGGCGUGACAGUGCAUGGUAUUAUAUUGCCUGCAACAGUUGUCAAAGUAAGGCCACCAAAGGCCCUUUUCUGUUGAUGUGCGCCAAGUGUGGCAACGCUAACCUUGCUGGUGUAGCAAAGUCUGAACUCUAACCUCGCAACUUUAUGUUUAAUUUUUCUAGAGAUUUAUUUGUGUUUUUUUUUUAAUUUUCAGAUAGCUACGAUAGUAGUGACCAGGCUGUUUUCUUCCUACUUGGUGAACCAGGACCUGAGUUGACUGAGAAGAAUGCUGCGGAAUUGUUUGACCACUACUUUGAGGCUAAUUUGGUGCUGGCCAUGAGAUGUCUCGCCCCCCCCCCCCCCCCCCCCCACCCAAGCUUUUGAUCGACACUUGGACAAACAGACCUCAACUCAACAGGCAAGAUAACUGUUACUAAGAUUGUCUCACAAGAAGUUCUAUCACCUGUACCAACUCCAACUGAAAUCCCACUUGAUGAAGAUGAUGAAGUUGAUGUGCCUUCUGCAAAUGUCGUUGCUGGCUCUGGAUCUAUUGAUGAUUAGGAAAAUGAAAGUACAAGUAACAGGGAUGAUUCACAGAAGGCUGACCGUCCUAAACAUGGAAACUAGAGGUUAAACAACUCAUUCCAUACGAUGCAGGGUCAUGGUCUUUUUAUUUCCUUUGCAGCCACAAUUAAGCUUUUUUAAUUAUAAACUUCCGAUCUUGCUUUGAUUUAA